CGUCCAGUGUCCGGGCUCGGCUCCCUCUCCCUUGGGGAGGGGACCCGGCGGAGGGCGUGGCCCGCACCCGCACUGUCCGGUUCUGCAGCGGGUCCCCUGGCGGUCGCGGCGCCCCCUUGCGGCCCAGACCCGAGCCUGUCCAGCGGGCUCCCGACUCCGCACUGCGGGCAGGAGGCCGCGCGUCUGCCGGGCGGGGACUGGGGCCUUCGGGGCGCAGCUGGACCGCUCUCUCUCCGAGUAUCGGCGCUGCCCAUGGCCGAGGUGCUCGAGCCAGACCUGGGGGCAGCCGAGGGCGCAGAGGCGCAGGCGGUGGAGACGCCGGACUGGAGGGCCCCGGAGGGCGCGGGCGCGCAGGCCGGAAGUUACGAGAUCCGACACUAUGGGCCAGCCAAGUGGGUCAGCACUUGUGUUGAGUCUAUGGACUGGGAUUCAGCCAUCCAGACUGGUUUCACAAAACUGAACAGCUACAUUCAAGGCAAAAAUGAGAAAGAGAUGAAAAUAAAGAUGACAGCUCCAGUGACAAGCUUCGUGGAGCCCGGCUCAGGUCCUUUUAGCGAAUCUACCAUUACCAUCUCCCUGUACCUCCCCUCAGAACAGCAAUCUGAUCCACCGCAGCCCUCAGAGUCAGAUGUCUUCAUUGAAGACAGAGCCGAAAUGACUGUGUUUGUGCGGUCUUUCGAGGGAUUCUCUAGUGGCCAGAAGAAUCAAGAACAGCUUUUGACAUUAGCAAGCAUUUUGAGGGAAGAAGGAAAAGUUUUUGACGAAAAGGUUUUCUAUACCGCGGGCUACAACAGUCCUUUCCAAUUGCUCAACAGAAAUAACGAGGUGUGGCUGAUACAGAAGAGUGAACCCUCCAAAGAACUCGAAUGAGGAAUGAAAGGAAGUUCAUUGCCAGGGGUACAACUUUGCUCUGAUGCAGACGUUGACCUCACCUAGAAGUAAAGCACGUGUGCAGGAGCUUGUACGUGAGAGUACUAUUAUGAAUUGCGCUGAUUUCCAAUGUGCCUUUUUAAUGCUGGAAGCUUUAUUUAGCCAUUCAGAUAACAGGGGACAAAGUCUGUAAAUAUAAAUGGGUCACAAACUUCUGUUUUGUUCACAAUAUCAAAAUCAUGUUGCCUUUUUCUGCUUGGAUUUGAGUCCGUUGGAUGUUAUUCCUUCCAGAUAAUAUCAGUAAAAACAUUCAAGAUUUAUCCUAUGUGGAACUACGGGGCCAGCAGGCCUGGAGGCCAGACAAAAGUCAGCUGGACACAAAAAUAAAUUGUCUCUUGCAGCUG